AUGAUCGAGGAAUUCGAAUUCUCAAAGCUUGGCUUAAAAAAGUGUAUUCAAUGUGAGGAAAGUGCAACGAUUGACAAGAUGUACGGAUGUGUGACAUGUGACAAUGGGUCAAAUGAACACAUUCGAGCCGCCAGCUUUUCCCGACGAAUCAGCAAUUAUCUCGUCGAGAAAGUUUCCGAUUUCACAAGAGGACCAAAUCGAGCGAAUAUCUUCAAAAGAAUCAUUUCGCCACGUCGUGGGCCAAUCACUGAAUAUCAUGCAGUGAAAAUGAAAGACGAGUUGGGGAAAGCUGUGACGAAUUGUCUGCAUACUUAUUCGAAAGAGCUUUUCCCGGGAUUGAGUGAGCAAAUUUCGGAGAGAAUUGCUCAAUUUGAAGAGGUGAGUAAAGCCUUGACAAAGAGAAACAAAGUU